CGCGAUUUGACGGCUUCAAGAAUGCAAAGGCACAUGGGAUAGGUCUCUCUAAUCGUCGGGAUUCAAAAUGGGUCGCGUCAGGACAAAGACUGUCAAAAAGGCAUCUCGUGUCAUCAUUGAAAAGUACUACACUCGUCUUACCCUCGACUUUCAUACUAACAAACGAGUAUGUGAGGAAAUUGCUAUUAUUCCCAGUAAGAAGCUGAGGAAUAAAAUUGCUGGAUUUGUUACUCAUCUGAUGAAGCGUAUCCAAAAAGGUGCAGUCCGAGGCAUCUCUAUCAAGCUACAAGAAGAGGAACGUGAACGAAGGGACAACUAUGUUCCAGAGGUUUCAGCCUUGGACACCGAACUUAUUGAAGUUGAUCCUGACACCAAGGAGAUGUUGAAAAUAUUGGACUUUGGGAGCAUUCCUAAUCUCCAGGUUACUCAGCCAAUCACGGCUGCUCAGAGUUAUCGACCUGCGAAGUAGCUUCCUCAAUACCACUUCUCAUCCCGCUCUUGAAAUCAUGUAAUAAAGAGAAAAUAUCGAUUUCAA